GGUUUUAACAAGCUUUCAUAACAUUUGCCAGUAUUUUAUUUUCUGAGAGUAAUUAUUAAGGCAAGGUCUACAAUACAGUGCAGGAACUUGAGGUAGACAAUGAAGAAAGUUGCUAUAAUUGGAGGCGGUAUCAGCGGGAUAGCCACCGCCUAUAACUUAUGGAAGAAAGGAUUACCCGGAAGUCACAUUACCAUGUUUGAAGCCCGUGAUAAGCUAGGCGGCCAUUCUAGAUUAUUCCAUCACCCUAAUCUGUCACGACCCGUCGAUGUCGGAUUCCAGGUCUUUAACCUCAACACAUAUCCACUGCUGCUGCAGUUCUUCCGAGAACUUGAUGUGGACAUCUACGAUUCCGAUAUGUCCUUCUCCGUUGAGAACGAAUCGUUCGCCUGGGGAUCCAAAUCCGGCCUGUGGUCGCUCUUUGUAGCUUUUCUCCAGGCCCCUAUCCAGAUGCUGAAAUUCUUGUGGACCCUGUUCUGGUUCUUUCGGGAUGCCUGCUCUUACAUUCAGGGUGUUGAUUCUGGGCAGCAUAAACACGUUUCAAUAGGAGAAUUCUGUAGAGAGAGAAAGUAUUGUGACGAAUUCAUGCAAGGGUAUUUAAUACCGUUUACUGCCAGCGUCUGGUCCGCCACGUCUGACAACUCAGAGGACUUCGAUGCCUUCACCAUAUUUACCUUUAUGGCGAAUCACCACCUACUGGAGUUCCGAAAUCUCAAAUGGAAAACGCUGACCCAUACUUCAGAGAGUUACAUCAACGCUUUUCUUCACAAAUGUAAGCCUAUUGUUAAUCUAAAGAAAAGAGUUGCGUCAUUGAAACAAAAUGAUAACUUAAAAUGGCGGAUAAACGAUUCGGAAGAUGAAUAUGAUGAUGUGGUUUUAGCUCUUCACGCCCCGGAUGUAAAACAUAUCCAUAUCGAGGCUACUUCAGGAGACACGGACGAGCUAGUAAAGAAAAUGGCGUCCGUUCGCUUUGAUGACAAGUAUGUUAUCAUCCAUCAAGAUACAUCGUUAAUGCCAAGAUCUAAGUUAAAUUGGAGUAGCUGGAACUUUAACCAUGGCGUGGUUACGUACUGGGAGAAUUCUCUACAACCAAUCGGCUUCCAUUUUGAUGUUUUUGUUUCUAUUAUUCAUAAAGAAAUCAUGAAGGAGACAGAAAUCGAUCAAGAUAAAUAUCUAGCAAAACCAAUCAUUAUGGCGCACCCAGCUUAUGGCUUGGAAAAUAUUCAGCUCGCUAAAGAUAUCAGAAACUUACAAGGCUGUAAUGGACUCUAUGUUUGUGGAGCUUAUCUAGGUUACGGCUUCCACGAAGAUGGUUACAGAAGCGGUUACGAAGUUGCUCAGUUAAUUGGUGACCGGGCUGUUGAUAUGUACGAAUCGGUCAUCACUUACAACCGAUCGGUCGAGGAUACCUAUUCUAAGAGUAUGCUGCAGUCUUUGUCCGAUAACAUAGCGUUAGGAGCACUCAAGCAGUUUUUGGCUAGUAACAUCAAAAAGGGCUGCAUCGGCAUUCAAACGCCUGGAUAUGGCAUAGAAUUCUUUGGCGAGAUUGGAGUACCGACAGUUUUGGUUGAUGUUAGGAAUCCUAGUUUAGCCUGGAAGUGUCUGCUACAAGGAGAUAUAGGUCUGGCAGAAGCCUAUAUUGAUAAAAGUUUGCGUGUUGACAAUCUGCCAUUGUUGUUAUUUUAUCUGGUGAUUAAUACCUACCCUGCUCAACAAACACUUACAUGGCGUCCCCUCGUCUUCUUCUUCAACAAUAUGUGGCCGAGGAUCGGACACACCCAGCGGUUGAAAAAUACCCCGGCCGUCGCGAAACAAAACAUCAUUGAGCAUUACGAUCUCGGAAAUGACUUCUUCGAGACUUUCCUCGAUUCAACCAUGACAUACUCGAGUGGCAUCUUCUUAAAGCCGUCGGAUGAUUUGGAGACCGCGCAGUUACGGAAGUACGAUCGCUUGCUUGAUUUGCUUGACGUGCCGGAAGGGGGGCAUAUUUUGGAAAUAGGAUGCGGAUGGGGAGGAAUGGCCGUGCGAGCUGCCAAAACACGCAGAUGUUUCAUGAGCUGUAUCACCAUCUCACCAGAACAAGGUAAAUAUUGUCGAGAGCUUGUCCUCAAACACGGUCUACAAGAUUCAGUGAAGAUCUACGAGAUUGAUUUCCGGGAUAUCCAAACGGAGUUUGCGCAUUUGAAAUUUGAUGCCGUCGUGUCUAUAGAAAUGAUCGAAGCGAUAGGUCCUGAUAAUUACGACCUAUACUUUAAGACAAUAUCCGGUGUACUGAACCCGUAUGGAAAGGUCGCCAUCCAGGCCAUAACGCGAUUCGAAGACCAGUACGAACAAAACAAACGCGAACCAGAUUUCAUCAACCAAUAUAUUUUUCCUGGGAGUUGUCUCCCUUCGCUGGGAACUAUCUCCCAACAUGCCACGAGGAACGGUCUUGUUAUUUCGGAAGUUUACAAUAUAUCGGAGAGCUAUGCCAGGACCCUGGCUACUUGGAGGGAAAAAUUCAAUCGUGCUACCAAAAAACAGGACUUUAGAUUUGAUCAUAAGUUUAUUCGAAUCUGGAAUAUGUACUUUUCAAUGUGUCAGGCAGCGUUCGAGGCCAAUUCAAUUCAAGAUUUCCAAAUCGUUUUUGAAGCAAUGCGAGUGGAUAGUAGUAAAAUUUUGUGACAUGCAACUGUUAAAUCGAGUACCACGCGAGGAAGUUGAUCAGAUCGGGUGUGUGUAUAUUAUAAACAAACAAACCUCUCCUUAUUCUAAACCGAAAGUCUGUAAUCAUUAGUAUCAAGGAAACGGAAUUGACUAUGUCAGAGAGAGAGAGAGAGAGAGAGAGAGAGAGAGAGAGAGAAAUGGGGUUUAACGUCCUACUAACUAUUCUGCUCCGAACUGGGCUAAUGAAGGCGGGCAUACACCAUACAGUGUGCUAUGAGGGAAAUUUUGGUCGGACAGCGGCUCUACGGCCUACUCUUAUAUCGAAGUCCAACUGUCAAGGGAUCUUUUACAUGCACGCCAAUGUGUACACGGGACCUCGGUUUUUCAUUCCAUCCAAACGACUAGGGUUCUUUAUGGUUCACGCAAUUGUAUACAAGUGGUUUUGUAUAUUGUACUAUCCGAACAACUAUACGCCGUCCGGCACCAUUGAUAGAUACCGUGCCGGAAGGUUAUCUGACGAAUCACUGUCUCAAUAAACAUCUAUCAUUAUCCAACAUCUUUUUAAAAUGAAUUUCCAUUUUUUGCUAAUGUUUAGCAUGUUUUAUUGUUAUUAUUGUUGUUAUAGUACAUAUUUUGAUAUACAUGUAUUUACUUAUCUUAAUUGAUUAAUUGCUUUAAAGUGGAUAAGUUAAUCUUUACUCCGAACCCUGAUCGUUCUAAUCUGGACGCACUGUCUUAUCUAUUUACCUUUUCUACACAACAAUCUUAAAAUAAUUUAAUAUUACUUAACAUGCAUCCUAGUCAUUGAUUUAGUAUGUACCUAUAUUUGAGUUACGUCUCAGUAAUGUAAAUAUGUUAAUUUAUAUCACAUUUUGUAUUAUAUGGUUAACCCUUAUCAUGUAUAUGUUCAACUAAUUCUAGUGUAAUUAUUAUUAAGAUAUUAAGUUGGCGAUAGCGACUGGGUAUAAAUAUAAGAGACGAAAUACGAACAAUUAUGUUCAUUCGUUAAUAAACCCAGAUCGACGUCAAAUAAUUAGUACUUAUGUUUCUUAUAGGUGAGUUAGUUUAUAAUUGUGUCGCCUAAUAAUUCAUUUAGUAUAUAUGUUUAUGUUAUUCCUAAUAUUAUAAUGUGUAAUAGUUUACUAUACUUAUUCACAUAAUAUGAUAAUACUUUAUAUUUGCUAUUGAUAAAUGUAUGUUUCUUUUAUGCAUAAUAUGAUAAUGUGAAAUAGCUUACAAUUGCACUUGAUAACAUUGUCAUUAUUGCCGCUGUGACGAUAAUUAACAAAGUCUCGAUUAUCUAUUUUUGCGUUUAAUCAUCAACGGACGUUAAACAGCAGAUCGGAUUCAAAUCCCAUGAAAAUCGAACACAUAAGAUGACAUCGAGAGUUGAUUAUGGUCUUUGCAUGUUAAUAAAUGUCUAGUUAAUAAUUUAUAUAACAUUUCAGGCCUAAAGAAAGACCUGCAAUAGACAGAUUUAGCUCUUGCAUAAUGUAUGUUUAACAUUCAAAUUUUAUAUAAAUUUAAAUAUGAAACGAUUUGCAAGAAAUCAUGAUGUCCAGUUGUCAGGUUUAAAACAAGAUUCUUUUACACUUGUUUGGCUAAAAAAGAUAUAUUGAUAAUUCUUAUAAUGCUGUAUGGAAACACGUAUUUAAUAACUUUUAAAAAUCACGUACAGAAUGAAUUUAGAUAUAGAAGCAUUAUCUACGAAAUAUCUCAAAGGUAGUCUUAAAAAAUAUACCUUUAUUUUAUAGAGCUUUGUUAAUAGCCUGGGCUAGCUGCUAUAACGAUAUUUUAAACCAGCCUUUAUUUGAUAAUCCACUUAUUCUAUAUAAUGCUAAAACUCUACAUUUGUAUAAUUAUAUAUUGCAUAAUAUUGCAAAUAUUGCUGACAUGUUUUUGUGUAAUACCUGGUUUAAUCCAUUCAACAUAUAUACUAGAUUCGUUUGAUAGGGAUGAUAAAGACAUUGACUAUGCCAAAAUUGAAAAAUAUUUUAAAAUUUAUUGUUCGUCUAUAUCCCCCCCACCAGCUUGGUUGAAUAUUAUUGAUAAUGAAAGCCAUGUGAUACAUAAUAAAGUGAAUUAAUGUAUCUCUUGUGGAGAAAAACACUACCGGUUGAAAAUUGUACAUCUAAAAUAUUUUAUAAUAUAUUAAGAGAUAAAUUCUAUCAGAAAUUCACAAAUGAAUUAUUUUGGGAUCAAUUUCACUUUAUCAUUAGUAUCAAAAGUUGUUUGGACAUUUAUUUUUUGUUAUUUUAAAAGCAAUGAAUGUAUUGGAAAGUAUAAAAGUAGAAUUAUUGAUGAGUUGUUUUGUGUAUUACUAUGGUUUUUGCAACCAUAUUGUAACUCUAACUAAUAAUUGGGUUCACGUACAUGUAUGGUAGAGAAGUCAUAUAUCUCACACACUCAAAUUAAAAUGAGUGAUAGAUUUACAUGUAAAAAAGUGAUAAUCUGGUAAAACAAAACAAACCCUACUAGUUAUGUCCUUUUCAUUGUCAAAAUAUCCAUCAAAUAGUAUGUUGUUUAUGACAUGUGUUUGGUAGAACAACUGAGGUAAUGUUCUGAUCCCGGUCAUUUUUGGGAGGGAAAUUAACACCAAAGUCAGUCUAUGACGUAAUGGAAUUAGACGGUUGAAAAUGAGGGUGUUGAGCGAAAUUCAUUAGAGCUCACCCUGUCUGCCAGAGGAAUAUUGGUGCCAAUCGGUUUAAAUAUAAUAAAGGUGUAUAAAAGACUUAAUCUGUAGUUGUAAUUAUUUCGAUCACGAAUAAAUCACAACAAAAACGGUUAGUAAUAGUACAUUUGUACACUCUGUCAAAGUAGGGGGUGGGGGUCGAAUGCUUAGCACGUGCGUGCUGUAUCAUAAAACCUGGCAUUGAGUCAACUGGCGUGGUUUCGAAUCCCCGGUUGUACGUGACAAGGGGUAGGAACGCCUGUCCAACCUCGUGGGUUUUCUCCGGGUCCUCCGGUUUCCUCCCACGGCUAAAGUCUCCUACGCGCAGCGAAUUAUUGAAAUAAAAUUAAACCACAUGUUAGUCCCGAAAUGACCUCGUCAGUGUCGGGUGGACGUUAAACCCCAUUUCUUUCUUUCUUUCUGUCAAAGUAGACAAAUUAAAGAUAUCAAUCAUUUAUCCUCAACAUGUCCUGAAGUUUUAAAAGGUCUAGUUUCAUGGAUUUUUAUCCUGAAGGAUUCGA